AGUCCAACUUUCUAUAAACCCUACACCCCCUUACAGGCUGCAGUUUUUUAGCCUUCCCCUCCACAAAACCAUUUGGGGAUUUCUUCCGCAGUUAAACCCUACAGACCAAUUGAUUCACAGACGCUAAACCUUCCGCCUACAGAGAGAAAGAGAGAGAGAGACACCAUGACUCUAGUAGCUGGUUCUUACGAGAAGUUCAUAUGGGGAUUCAAGCUCAAAUCUGAAACCCUAAUCCCACUUUUCUCAUACCCAUCUCAUAUCUCUGCAAUUAAAUGUGUUGCUAUGUCUGGUCCUGUAGCCGUCUCUGGUGGAGCAGAUGACUCCAUUAAAAUAUACGACAUAACCACUUCUUCAGAAGUUGGAUCUCUCAUAAAUCAAACAGGGGCGAUCACUUGUGUCUCUUUCUUUAACUCAUCUUCACUUUCUUACCCUCGUAAUCUUCUCAGUGGUUCUGAAGAUGGUACUGUUAGUAUUUAUGAUGCUGACCCUUUUGUUCAUUACAAAAGUAUCCAAGCCCAUAGAAAAAGUGUUAACGAUUUGAGCAUACAUAAGUCUGGGAAGUUGGCUUUGAGUGUUGGUAGAGAUUCUUGUUUAGCUAUGUCCAAUUUAGUGAGAGGGAGGAGGAGUUUUUGCUGUAGGUUAAAUAAGGAAGCUUCAAUGGUGAAAUUUGAUUCAGAUGGGAGUAAGUUCUUUUUGGUUAUGGAAGAUAAAAUUUGUAUUCAUGAAGCUGAGGAUGCUAAGUUGGUUUUAGAGAUGGAUAACAAGAAUAGAAUUCUUUGUGCUGCUGCAUCUGCUAAUGGACUGUUAUUUACUGGCGGGGAGGACUGUAACGUCACAGCAUGGGACCCUGUCAGUGGAAAGAAAGCAUAUUGUAUUGAGAAAGCACAUUCAAAGCGUGUGAAAGGAGUUGCAGUCCUGUCUAGCAGUACCAUCGAUGAUGUGGAAAACUCUGAAUCCCCAUAUCUAGUAGCAUCUGCAUCGUCAGAUGGAAUCAUAAGGGUGUGGGAUGUUCGCAUGGCAAAUAAAGAGCAGCCAAGUCCAGUUGCUGAGGCGGACACAAAAUCUAGGUUGACAUGUCUUGCAGGAUCCUCGAUAAAAUCAAUCAAGAAAUCAGAAUUGGGGACAAGUUCCUCAAAGUAAGAUGCAGAAAAUGAGUGAACACCUUUUUGUGUGUCGUUGGGCAACACAGCCCCUCAGUUAUUCGUGUUGUGAAAAUAGUCAUGCAGGAUCAAGAAACUUUGAGAUAAACCAUAUACCAUUGAUAGUGGCUUCUUUAUGUUUGUUGGGAAAUUUUGAUGUCUUUCCAAGGGGUACAAAAACGAUGUUGGUAAAAUGUUGUGAUUUAGAGUGGUUGGUUUAUGAAUACCAUUCAUCAGCCUUCAAUUUUGAUGUGUUAGGAACAUUAAAAAAAGUACCUGUGUGUUUGUUUUCUUAUAUAUUUCGGCUCAGAGAAGUAUGUAAAGAUAAAAAAGUUGUGCAACAAAUUUCUGAAGGCACUUUUGGUGUUCUAUUGCCCUUUAUAACUAUUGUA